UAUAUAAUCUCCCAUCUCAUGGACAUAAAAUCCAUCCCGAAUAUUUAUUACACAUCUCUUUGUAACAUUAGUAACAAUCCAAAAAAAAAAAAUGCAUUCACUCAAAAACCAUGCAACCUUUUCAUGCUUUGUCAUAGCAAUCCUAGCCUUUGCACAAUUAUGUUACGCGCAAAAUUCACCACAAGACUAUGUCGAUGCCCACAAUGCAGCUAGGGCUGCCGUGGGUGUUGGUAACAUACAAUGGGAUGACCAAGUCGCGGCCUACGCCCAACAAUAUGCCAACCAACGAAUUAAUGAUUGUGCUUUGCAGCAUUCUGGAGGACCUUACGGAGAGAAUAUCGUAGCUGGUCCGGGUGAUGCUAGUGGCACCGAUGCAGUAAAAAUUUGGGUUGAUGAGAAGGCUAACUACGAUUAUAAUUCAAAUACUUGCGCUCCUAAUAAGGUGUGUGGACAUUAUACUCAAGUGGUUUGGCGUGACUCCGUUCGUCUUGGAUGUGCUAGGGUUCCAUGUAACGGUGGUGGGAAAUAAGGGAUCCAACUUGCUUGGGAUGAGAAUCGAACCCCUCUCACAGGGUUGGAAGGAGGACCUUCAACCACUAGGUCAACCUUGAUUCUCAACGUAUUUUAUAUAUUUAGAAGUGGAAAGAAUUAUUAGAUGACCAUAUCUAUACCAGUAUACCUCUAUCAUUAAAAUAAGGAGUUUUUUUUUUUUUUUUUUUUUUUUUUUUUUUUUUUUUUUAAGUAUAGUUCAAAUAAUUUAAACUCGCUAAAGCUGGAGUAAUAUUCUCUACUCCAUACUUAAUAAUGUAUGUGGAAUAAAUCUUAUAAACACCUAUGUUGGCCAUGUAA